AUGGCAAUCAGUCGGGACGCCCCCAUUAUGGCUGCCCUCGGUGCCGCUGCUGUGGUCGGACUAGGCAGCGAGGCCUUUGUGGCCUCCAAGCCCUUGCAGGUGCAGAGCGCUCCAAGCACAUCUUCGCUCAGGGGUGCAACCGCCGUUCCAGGAUCGGGAUCCUUUGGUGGCGCGAGCAGGACGUUGGCGGUUGGCGCCGGGGCCGUUGCCACUGCAGUCCUUGGGCGAGGAGCUUUGCUGCGCCGCCGCGCAACUGCUGUGAAGAAGAAGGGUGUCCGCGUGGUCGAGGGCAAGGAGAUCCCCUGGAACCUCUUCAGCCCCAAGGCACCAUACGAGGGCAGCUGCGUGUCCAAGGAGACCAUCACCAGCAAGACGCCUCUGGUGAACUGGGAGACGUGCCAUGUGAUCAUGGACCACGGCGGCAAGGUGCCCUACAUCGAAGGCCAAUCCAUUGGGGUGAUUGCGCCGGGCCCGGACAAGAAGGGCGAGACCCCAGCAAAGAUUCGCUUGUACUCCAUCGCCUCCUCCGCGCCCGGUGACGACGAGAGCAGCAAGACG